AUGGCGGCCAAGUCAAAGAAGCGGCUGUCUAAAAUAGAAAAUAAAUUACUCAAAUUGGAAAAAUUAGAACUCACAACAAAACAAAAGAAUUUAGUAAAUUUAAAGCUCUGGGAAUAUAUAAAACAAAAGUUUGCAAAUGAAAUAGGCAAAAAGUUAAAAGGGGAAGACUUAAAAUUAUCGCAAGAUACCACCCCACUACGAUUAAGUGCACCAGGUGAAAUCAGAUUAGAAUAUGAAGCAGAAUUGAAGAGAUUGAGAUCUGAACGUCUAAAACUUGAACAGAAACACUUGGCAGAAACAGAACUUCUUAUAAAGAAACUGCAACUGGAAGAGAAUGAAGCCCGGAAGAAAUAUUUGGACCGUGUGAAACAAGAUGAGAUUUUAGCAAAACAAAUACAAGAGGAAUUAACUGAAGCCACACCUAAUAUAACUAUAAAAGACAGUCUAAGGAAUUGUCCUAUAAAACCAAGACUAAAAGCUAGAAGAAUUGAUUCCUUUUUAUCGAAGUUACCAGGUCCAGUAAAGGAAAGUCCAUUAUUAUCUGAUGAUAACAUAAGCAAUAAUGGAUCAACUCCAAGAGAUAUAACAACAAAAUCGAGCGAUGGGCCAUCUCCGGAAAUUCUACCUAACUAUGGAAAAAUACUCAAGAACAUUUUAGACAAAAAGACUGUUGAGGAAUCAAAUAAUAAUAAAGAUCUAGGAACUGGCAUUUCCCAUGAUAAAACUGCUAUUAAAUCUAAAAGCAUGAUGCAAUCUUUAUUAGUCUCCCUUCCAUUACCAUGUACUGGGAUAUUGCAACACAAAAGUAAUGCUGUAGAAAAUAGAAAUAUUGAAACUGGUAGUGUUGACUCCAUGCAACAAGAAUUAUGUUAUUUUAAGCCCAUUGAUGGAUCAACACCCACUAGUUUCAGUUCCGACAAAACAUUCCCGCUUCGAAUUCCAAGUCUGCGGGCAGUACAAAAGAAUACUCCUGUCCAGCAUAAAAUCCCACCGAGUCGUGAACAGUAUAUGGAGGGAUUAUGCCAUCUAAGAAAUCUUUCUUUAGCACAAAAGUUGCCAUCAGCCUUUGUACUUGCAUUGAACAUUUUAAGAGCCAAAAAGGAUACAACCAAAAAAUCUAACACAAGAUCACGAACUAAAAGAAACACAAUAAGACCAUGUAUUACUCCAGACCAACAAACUAUGAUUAAAGGAAAUGGCCCAAUCAGGAAUAAACAGAAUGUUCUAAUUGAUGGGAUAACCAAGAUAAAUACAGAAAAGUCUCUAAGACGCACCAGGUCAAUGGGAAGCAGUUGCGGCGAGCAGCAACAAAACGUCAAG